UCUUGCGUGCACUUUAGUCGGGUCUCAUUAGGUGCUUUUCUCUGCUGUCCUGGCCCCCCGAGCCCUUCCUUGGCCCUGGCCCACGGCACCGCAACUCCUGUGAGACACCCUCUUCCCGCCCCGCGCUCUCCGACUAGAAUCGCUGACUUCUUUCACGGCAGAGCAGGUGUCCCCAGCUCCAUGAGCUCUCUUGGGGAUCAGGUACGAGACUGGCAUCAGGGUGUCCUGGCCGUGGCAAGCGAGGACUGGGAUCGCGCCCUGUGCCUCUUCUCAGAUGUCCAGGAGCCGCGGGCCAAGAUGUUCUUCAACGUGGGCUGCGUGCGACUGAUGGCGGGGGAUCCCGAGACUGCCUUGCGGGCAUUUGACCAAGCAGUGACCAAGGACCCCGGCAUGGCUGUUGGCUUCUUCCAGCGGGGAGUGGCCAAUUUCCAGCUAGAGAGGUUUCAGGAGGCUGUGUCUGACUUCCAGCUCGCCCUGGCACAACUGAGAAGCAAUGCUGUCAUUGAUUACACUCAACUGGGUCUGUAUUUCAAACUGCAUGCCUGGGAGGUCCUGUACAACAUGGCAUCAGCACAGUGCCAGGCAGGACUCUGGACCAAGGCUGCCGAUACUCUAGUGGAAGCAAUCUCCAAAUGGCCAGAGGGUGCCCAAGAUAUCCUGGACACUGCCCUGGACCAAGUACGGAAACAGGUACCCCUGCAGCUGCGGCAAGUCCCCAAGGGUGAGGUCUUCCAGCCUCCCAGGCAAUACCUACAGCAUCUGGAACCCAUGGAUUUCCUCGGCAAGGCUAAGGUGGUGGCUUCUGUUAUCCCUGACAACCGCACCUCAGACAGCUGGCCUCAGAAGAGGUCCCAAAUGGAGCAAGUUGGCCAUCAGUCUCCUGCAUCUAUGGGUAAGAGGAUCCCGAGCAAUAGGGGGAAGGGGGAGCCGCCUCAGGAGAGCUGGGACAUGGGCACUUGUCCCUUAAAGUUUGGGGCAGAGGACAGCUGCCUGCCAGGCAUUCAUCACUUCAAAGUAUCUUCUUUGUGGAAAGGUGGCCACAUGAGCCAGGCUCUAUGCCACAGCUUUCUGGCAUCUGGAGGACCUGACCCAGGCCCCCCUGAAGACUCCUCAGAAGCUGGGGGAGCAGCUACUGAGGACCCUGAAUCCCUGGUGACUGUCACAGUACAGUGCCACCUCACUGUGCCCCUGAAGGCCCCAAGAGGCACUGACCUGUCCGGCCUUCGAACACUGCUGGCUCAAGCCCUCCUUCACCAGGCCCAGAGGGGGCAGCUCAGUUACCAGGCCCCACGAGAGAAGUUCUGGACCCCAAUCUCCACGGAGGAUGCACUGCAGAGUGCAUGGAGGAACGUGGCCGUGGGCCCAAGAGGGUUGCAUCUCCAGUGCCGGGGGGCCUGGGGCCGACCAGUCCUCUACCAGGUAGUGGCUCGGCACAGUUACGCAGCCGGAAGGCCUGAGGAUUUGGACUUCCGCCAAGGGGACACAGUGGAUGUUCUGUGUGAAGUGGACGAAGCAUGGCUGGAGGGACACCGAGACGGCUGCAUCGGCAUUUUCCCCAAGUGCUUUGUGGUCCCGGCUGGUGCCUGUGUGGAAGCCGGAGCUAUUCCAGGACCCAAGCCAGGAGAUCAGCACUAGCAACAUUGUGACAAGAUCAGUUUUAAUUUAAACAAACAAAAAACUAUCCCCCUCAUCCCUGUGUGGUCUGCCUUCUGGGGUUGAUGAUAAAGAGGAUCAA